AUGGAGAACUUGGAAGGAAACUACACUCGAGUCAGUGAAUUCCUCUUGGCAGCCCUUUCCCCAUCAUGGCAGUCCCAAGCCGCUCUCUUUGUGGUCUUCCUCCUGGUCUACACAGCAACCCUAGCAGGAAACACCCUCAUCAUGCUGACAGUGACCUCUGACCCCCGGCUGAGCACACCCAUGUACUUCCUGCUGGGUAACCUCUCCUUCCUGGAUCUUUGCUACUCUACCAUCACAGCCCCUAAGAUGUUGAUGGACUUCUUGGUCGAGAAAAGGAGCAUCUCCUUUGAUGCCUGCAUGGCUCAACUCUUUUUCCUACAUUUUGUGGGUGCUGCUGAGAUGUUCCUCCUCACCAUCAUGGCCUAUGACAGGUACGUGGCCAUCUGCAAGCCUCUGCACUAUCCCAAUAUCAUGAACAGGCAGCUCUGCAGCUGGUUGGUGGCAGCUUCUUGGACCGGAGGCUUCAUCCACUCCAUGGUCCAGACCAUCCUUACUAUGAGGUUGCCCUUCUGUGGACCUAACCAAGUGGACAACUUCUUCUGUGAUGUCCCACCUGUCAUUAAGCUGGCCUGCACUGAUACCUAUGUUAUUGAACUCCUCAUGGUCUCCAACAGUGGUCUCAUCUCAAGCAGCUGCUUUGUCAUCCUGGUGACCUCCUACGCCACUAUUCUGGUGAGGAUCCGCUCCCCUGAGGGACGGCGCAAAGCACUCAAUGUCUGUGCCUCCCACCUAACUGUGGUGACAUUGUUCUUUGGCCCCUGCAUCUUUAUCUAUGCCAGGCCUUUUUCCACUUUCUCAGUAGAUAAGCUGGUCUCUGUCCUUUACAAUAUCAUCACCCCCAUGCUGAAUCCAUUGAUCUACACUCUGAGAAACAAAGAUGUGAAGUCAGCCAUGAGGAAGCUGAGAAGCAAGGAAACAAUUUCUGGUGGGAAGGUAGACAUGUGA